AUGGCAGGAACACCGGCGCCAACUGAAAGCUCACAGCAACAGGCCUCGGCUCCCCAGCAGCUACCACCGCCUGGUCAGAUCCCCCUAGUCGCACCAGGCGCACCAGGCGCACCGCCGGACCUCUCGACAUUACUGGUUCCACCAGGUUCGACGGUAGUGGCGAAACAGGAGGAAGAGGCCGAUGGCGAGGAUGAUUUACUGCCCGCCAUGGCAGACGACGACUACUCUGCUCAAAUGUCGUUUCAGACGCAGUCAAAGGACAAUUUGAAAGUCCUAAUGGACAACUUUACGCCUGAGCAAUAUGACCGGUUCGAAGCGUACAGACGACAUUUGUUGCCCAAGCAAGCUGUCCGAAAGGUCAUUCAACAGACGCUAGGACAGCAGGUGUCGCAGCCUGUAGCACAGAUAAUCGCUGGUUUCUCAAAGGUGUUUGUUGGCGAGAUGGUCGAAAAGGCCCGCCAGGUACAAGCACGUCGAGGAGAAACUGGUCCACUUUCUCCAGACCAUCUACGAGAGGCGUACCGCAUGUACCAGGAAGAAACCGGACGAGUGGGUGCCGCUCGUCCAUUGCGAUCGAAGAAGCUCUUUGUUCGAUAGAGGCGCAGUUACCCUCGGCUCCAUCCUACACCCCGCUACCCGGUUGCUUGCGGCCGACAAUUCUUUGGACGCUACCAUUUGAUCCUCGGCAGCUUCACGAUUCUGCCAGUGUCGACAAAUCGCCACGCUCGUCCAACCGGUUAGCGCUCAAGUUCGUUUCAAAACCCCGGCUCUCAUCGCGAUAAUGGAUUGCAACCCACUCUCGGGCCUUCCAGCCUCCCGCACAUUCCUGUUGUUUUGUGCAAGGCUCAUGAACAUCAUUUCACUUUCGCAGCCGCAAACCACCAAGCCACGCUUCAAGGACCCUUCCUGUAAUCCAUACCCAUGGUAGCACGAUCUCACACUGUGGGGUCACGAUACAUCCUCGUGUAUCGCACGGACCAAUGUCUUCAGUGUAUCGCCAAUUCAAUUCCUUAGUUGCUCAAGCAAGCAUC